UCCGUAGUCAGUCACGUGAAUUCUCAGGUUUGUUUGGUACACAGCGGCUGUCAUAGAUCCGAGAAUCUGCCCCAAAAUGCGUUUAUAGAGAGGAUGAUUUUAUUACGGAUGAUUUUAUAUUAACAUUUCCGAAUAUCGAUAUUAACGUAAUACUUUUUUUUUAUAUUGACGUGUGUGAGAUCAAACGCAGAAGCGGCUGUUACAGAACUGAUACAUUGUAUCAGACGCGUGACGAUCAGAUGUCAAUCAGAUCCUGCUACAAUGUUGCGCGUUGUCUUACUUCUAAAUACCUUUACGUAUAAAUCACAUUGAUACGCGACUUUAUAUAUAUUUAUAAAGAUUUCUCAUAAUCAAUACCAAUAGGAGACACCGUGCCAUUGCCUGACAGGUUUCGCAAUAUGAAACGACACUGAUUUAAUUUUCUCUUGGUUUGCAUUAAAAGUCCAGUCGCGUGUAAAAACAGGUUUUUAUAAAGGAUCAGGAUGCUGCGAUGGUUUCUUGGAGGUCGGGAAGUGCAGGGGACAGUAGAGAAGAGCGCGGCGCUGUUCAUUGGGGAGGAACAGCCCAAAAACUGUUUUACGGAGAUGCAGGUGCUGAAAGGACACUUUGACAUUGUUCGAUUUCUGGUGCAGAUUGAUGACUUAAGGUUUGCUUCUGCUGGUGAUGAUGGUUUAGUGCUGGUUUGGAAUGUUGAGACCGGAGAGUGUUUGUAUGAAUUGCGUGGCCACACACAGCAGAUCACCGCUAUGACAUCAUACCCUUACAUGAGAGGCGGGAGCACACAUACUGCUCUCAUUACUGCAUCAUCAGACCGCACGCUCAGUUUAUGGGAUCCAGACACUGGAAACCGAGUACAGAAUGUCUCUGAUCUCCAGUCGUCUGUAAAGUGUUUGCUGGUGUUGGAUCGCUUGGACGUGUGGCUCUCGGGUGGAAAUGAACUUUGUGUGUGGAACAGUGACUUUGAGCUGCAGUGUAAAACUGUCCAUCAUAGCGACACAGGCAUCUCAGCCAUGGUGGAGUUACCGAAGAACUUCAUUGCAGCUGCCAUGGAUAAAGAGAUUGUGAUAGUUAAGAUGAAUGUGUCGGGGUCAGAUGUUGCUAUUAUGCCCAUGCGCCACCUCUCUGAUCAUCAGGACACAAUUCGAUCGCUCAUCAACAUCAAUGACGGGUUGUUCGCGAGCGGCUCUCAUAUCGGCGAGCUCAUCGUCUGGGACUCCGUGGAUUGGACAAUCCAGGCCUAUGAGCACAUUCUGUGGGAGGAGCCGGCGGGAGACAGCCAAUCGGAGGUCAGAUUGACUCACCAGAAACAGAUCGAGAGAUCCAUUCAGCACAUGAGCACAGAUGGAGAGUUACUGGUUGCAGCUGUAGGCAGUGGUCUGUUUGUUUAUAAUGUGCAGAUGAAGAAUGUCGUUGCGUACAGAAAGAUCGCACAUGAUUCGGAUGUCUUACACACCCUGCUGCAGGAGGAUGGGCAGCUGAUGACGUGCUCUGAGGACGGUAGUGUCAGAAUGUGGGAGUUACAGGACCUCCCCUUACCUGCCGAGCCCGCCUCCUCAGGGCUUUUCGGGAUGUUUGGCACUUUUGGCCGGUCCAGUAAGCAGGUUUGUCCUCCUGCCAAGAAAGUUCCUGAAGUCCCCAGUCUGCGGUCGCUGGAACUGACGGGUGAUCUGAUUGGCCAUUCUGGAGCUGUGCAGAUGUUUGUGAGUUUUAAGGAGAAGGGUCUGGUUACCUGCUCUACUGAUCAUCUGCUCAUCGUGUGGAGGGACGGAGAACUGCAGUCGCAGCUGCGCAGCCUUGCGCUCUUUCACAAACUAGAGGAAAACCAGGGACUGUGAUCUUCUUCAUAUCUCCUUUUUUCUGAAACUUAACACAAAACUGAUCUCCAGGCCUGUGUUCAGUAUGUACUGUAUGCACUGAAAAAUCAAUGAAUGACCACAGGUCUCAGAUCUGUAUAGUAUUAACUGUCGAACAACUUGCUAGGACUAACCCUUUUGUAAAGUCUGAUCAUGUCUGUGUUUUAAAUUUACAAUAGCCACAUUGUGCUUUAACACAAUUGUACGUCAUUUUAAUGAGAUUGUUUUAUAAAUAGCUGUUGAAUCAUUUUAUGUGGAUGUUGAUUUGUAUAUAUAAAGAAAGAAAAACUGACGAUGUUUGGUAUGAGAAUAUUUUCGAUGUGUUGUUAUCAUCGUGUUGCACAUUUCUUUUAAAUGUUUGUUGCGUGUUUAUUUUUUAUUUUCAGAACUGCAUGCAAUUUAAACUGAAUUCAGAUCAGAAAGACUUUAUUGCAAAUGUUUAUUUGUGUCUCUCACAAACAACAGAUGUAAAGACAGAAAGAAACCGUGUUUAAACAUAUGUGACAUAAAUCUUUUUGUACAACUAACGAUAAAAUAAAAUCAUUUGAAAGAAACAAAAACUUGUUGAAUGGCAUACGAACAAUUUUACUCAACAAUAUUGUGUUCAAUAAAAAAUAGUUUAUAUACAUUUGCUCAAGGGAUAACGCAGAUUUUGCAUUCCCCACUCUUUAAAAAUACAGUAAUUGGCACAGACUCUGCAGCCAUCGAUCAAUACACCGAUACACGCGCUUAUCACACCCGUCUGUCUACUUCAGACCCGCCCCCAAUUAUGAUGUCACGGUGGUAUGACAGUAAGUGAGCCCUUCAAUAAUGAAUGUGAAGGAUGUCUGGCAGCAGAAUUACAACAAACAGGGACUGACAGCUUUGAUCAGGAAUCAUGAAUAAUCACAGAAAAAAAACGCAAAUACUUUAGGUAGUUGCGAAACAAAGCAUGUUGUGUUGUGACAACACAGGAAAACAUUUUGCACCUGAGGGGACGGUUUUGGCUGCAUUGUUAUUGUUUAAAGUACGACAAAUAAAACUUUCACAUUAGCCUGAGCGUUUCUGCCACUUUUAUAUGGAGAUUACCUCCUGAAGAAAGGUAUAUGAAACAAAGUAGACCUUCCCCAGAUAGCAAUAGACUCCGGGGCGGAUCAGUUCUGAAGUCGGCAGGUUCAUUGUACCUACGGUGUGAGGUCUAUUGCUAUCUGGGUCUCCACAUAAUCUACAUCUGAACAGUGGGGAUGAGCUGUCCGUUUCAGUCGAAUCUCAGUCUGUUUCAUACACGAAGCUAGCACAUGGAUUCAGAAGACCGGGAAUAUAAGGCAUACGAGUUAUGAAACAUGGACUGCUUUAAUGCUCUUUUCUGAUACGUGAUAGAUGUGGCAACUAUAAACUGUGGUAUGGAAAUAAAUUUUG